UUUUAUUAUUCACUGAAGAAGAAAUGUUACUUGAUCCACCAUCUAUCCAAAUAUUUCUUUUGUGAAGUGAAGAGUUCAUUAAUGGGCCAUCGAUACCUUUAGAACUGUACGUGGAACUGAAAAUGCGCAUAGGGAAAACCCUAAGAACCACAAACACGCAAGUCUAAUGGGUAGUCCCUAGAUAUCAAAACAUGCAAGGAAUUAGUUUUGGAAUCCUAUUCCGACGAGAUAACAAAUCCACAUGCAAUGACGCGCUAAAAGCUAUUGCUAGGCUGAGAAAUAUCAUUACCUAAAAUAUAACGAACCUUUUAGUUUAAGAAACUCUAAAUGGCGCAUGGAAAUAUGAAGAAAUUGCCCGAAGAUGUGGUUAUUGAUAUACUCUUGAGACUUCCAGUAAAAUCUCUUAUGAAACUCAAAUGUGUCUCUAAUACAUGGUAUAUUCUCAUAGGAUCCUCCACAUUCAUCAAUUGUCAUCUCAACAGCAACACAGUUGCCAAAGAAGAAUUCAUACUCUUUAAGCGCUCCUUCAUGGAAGAACCCUACAGAUAUAAAACUAUCUUGUCUUUUCUUUCCGGCGAUGAUGAUUAUUAUCUUAACGCACUUUCUCCUGAUCUGGAUGUGUCAGAUCUGAUCUCCACAUUUAAUAGUAUUUAUGAUCAAUUCAUCGGUCCUUGCCAUGGUUUGAUUGCUUUAAUGAACAUCCUUAACACUAUCUUAAUUAAUCCAGCUACUAGAAACUAUCGGCUGAUCCCACCCUGCCCUUUCGCUUGUCCACCUGGUUUCCGUCGUGAUGUUGACUGUAUUGGGUUUGGUUUCGAUACGAUUUCAAAUGACUACAAGGUUGUUCGAAUUUCAGAAAUUUACUGGGAUACUUAUUACAUGUCUCCUGAUGUGAGAGAGAAAAAAGUUGAGGUUUAUGGCUUGAGCUUUGAUUCUUGGAGAGAAUUAGAACAUGUGGGUCAAGAUCUGCCAAUUGUGCAUUGGAUGUCUUGUUCCAUGAUAUUUUACAAAGUAGCCUGUCAUUGGCUUGCAAUUGUAGGAAGCAAGAUGGUAAUUCUUUGUUUUGACAUGAGUACUGAGACUUUUCGCAACAUGAUAUUGCCUAAUACUUGUAAUUACUUCAAUGGACCACGUUAUGGCCUAGUUAUAUUAAAUGAGUCUCUAUCGAUGAUUUGUUAUCCUGAUCAAGACCACAUGAGUGAUCCUGCACAUGAAUUGAUGGACAUCUGGAUAAUGAGCGAAUACAGUGUGUACGACUCUUGGAUUAAGAAAUACUCAAUUGGACUUCUUCCUAUUGAUUCUUUAUUAGCUGUUUGGAAGGAUUACUCGGUGCUUUUAGAAUGUGAUAAUGGACAUCUGAUUUCCUGUGAUAUAAAGUCUGGUAAAGUCAAGGCGUUUAAUUUUGACGGUUUUCCGAAAAGUUUGAGAGCUAUUACUUAG